AUGGCUAUUCCCGCCCUUCAAGGCUGGCACCCCGGCGAAGUCGCCAUCCAAUGCCAGCUGGGUUACGCGACCGCCGUGUCAUCUCACUGGACUGCGGUCGAAAACCAACUCCGUGAACAACAUCAAUUAUUUCACACUUCAAGACUGCCAUUCAUUCCUCUGACGACUACGGAUGCCGAUGGACGGCCCUGGGCAGGAAUCGUAGCAGGAUCAACAGGAACAGUCGGGUUCGUAGACAGUUCAAGCUUAAAGUCGUUGGUUUUCCGAGCACGAUUAUGGGACGGAGAUCCAAUGUUAGAAACGCUCCGGGAGUGGACACCGCUAGAAGAUGAUCAAACCAAAGGCCCAAUAUUGCAGGAGAGGUUACUGACGGCUGGGUUGGGGAUUGAGUUUUCCACCCGGAGAAGGAACAAGUUCGCCGGGAAGAUUGACAUGGUGAAGGCGAGGUCAGACCUGGAUUAUGAUUUUCGUGUUGACAUCACCGAGGCGUUGGGUAAUUGUCCGAAGUAUAUCAAUGUACGUCAACUCGGUCCAUACCCACGGGCGAAACCACACAUUGUAUACCAAUCACUGCAUAUGGCACCGACGGAGGACUUACCUGACGAAGUAAUCGAUAUGAUAAAAUCCGCCGACACAGUCUUCGUGGCAACGAUACACAGAACCGACCCCGCCUCCGCAGCAAUGUUCCCUUCACACGCGGGCAUGAACUCUCGUGGCGGCUUCCCGGGGUUUCUACGGGUGAGGCCAUCAGAUCGACGGAGCAUUGUGUUGCCUGAUUACUCUGGAAACAGAUUCAUGAGUAGUCUUGGCAACAUUGAGUCGAGCGGAUUAGCGGGCUUUACGAUCAUUUCGUUCACAACGGGUGACAUCCUGUACUUGACCGGUACAGCAAGGAAUUUGGUGGGGCUAUCUGCCCUCGAAAUGAUGUUUAGACAUGCGGCGGUUACUGUUCUGGAAACUACAGGGUUUACGCUUGUGCGAAAUGCGCUUCCCUUGCGACAGCGCAAUGGAUCGGAGGUCGGGCGGAGCCCCUACACUCCCAAAGUCAAAUAUCUGGUCGAAGAAGGAGGAACGUACGGGGGUGGAAUGCAAGGGCACAAGGCAGUGCUUGAAACAGGUAUGCAACUUUCUAAUGACUUGGCUGUCUUCAGGUUCAAGGUCGUGUCUGAAAGCGGCGUUCAGCCGUUAAGGCUCCGGCCGGGUCAAGCUAUCGUCCUCGAUUUUAUGGACUGGAUAGGUCCACCGCAGUACCAGCAUAUGGCGGAUUCGGCACCUGGGUCAAUAAAUGAUGACCGUGUGCGAACCUGGACAGUAUCUAGUGCGCACGAGGGUAUUGAUGUUACAUGGUUUGAAUUAACAAUGCGGGAAAUGAAGGGUGGCGUUGUGACAACGGCCCUUUUCAAUCUGCUUAGGAUGUCCCCUCCCAAUAGGCAGGAUUAUCCUGUUUCUCUAAAGGGUAAUGUCGUCUCAGAUAUCGUAGGGGUCACUGGGGAUUUCGCAUUGAAUAAAGAGGAGGUCAACCUGCUCCUGGUUGCUGGUGGAAUCGGGGUGACACCCUUUCUGGCCAUGCUGAAUGCCUUGAGUAAGCGCGAGAAGGCUGCGCGAGGCGACAUUGUGCUCGUGUUAUCAACAAGAGAGCCAGAUACCAUGCUCACCCUGAUCAGACGGGCUAUUGGUAAGGUUCCACCGACCGUCACGGUAAAAAUAGAUCUGUUCACCAGCCGCCCCCUCGACCUGGAUACUAGGACUUUGGAGCAUGAAAAUACAAGCCUCUCGGUAUUUGAAGGUAGAGUUGGACCGGAAUAUUGGAAAACGAGCGCCAGAGAAAAAGAAGUGUUCAUAUGUGGCCCGAAGGCAUUCGCAGACGCUGCUGAGGAAGGAUUGCGGGCUAUUGGUGUACCAAGUGAAAAGAUCCAAAGGGAGGGAUUUUAUUAG